GAAGCGCCAAGAUGGCGGCGGCGGCGGCGCCUUGAGCCCCGGAGCGCGGGGAGCUGCGGCCGGGGCAGCACCAUGGAGGCCUCGUGCGGCGGCCCCGGCCCCGGCCUGGUGCACGUGGACUUCCCGGAGAUCACCAGCGCUCUCCUGGCCAACCUCAACCAGCAGCGCGUGGAGGGGAAGCUGUGUGACAUCUCCAUCCACGUCCAGGGCCGCGUGUUCCGAGCCCACAGAGCCGUCCUGGCCGCCUCCUCGCCCUAUUUCCACGACCAGGUGCUGCUGAAGAACAUGACGUCCAUCGUCCUGCCCAACGUCAUGGACCCCGGCGCCUUCGAGACCGUGCUGGGCUCGGCCUACACGGGGCGCCUGUCCAUGGCCCCCGAGGAGAUCGUCAACUUCCUGACGGUGGGCAGCGUGCUGCAGAUGUGGCACAUCGUGGACAAGUGCACCGAGCUCCUCAAGGAAGGCAGGGCCGCCCCGGCGCCUCCCGGACCUUCCUCCUCCUCCUCCUCCUCCUCCUCUUCCUCCUCCUCCUCCUCCUUACGCGCCCACUCCAGCCGCACCAGCGACAACCAGUCCCCCAGCAGCAGCAACUACUUCAGCCCCAGGGAUGCCGCCGAGGGGGCCGAACCCCACAAGUACCCGGCUUCGGGGGGUCCCCGAGGAGGCGGGGAAGGGCGGCGGCGGGGAGCUGCGGAGGCGGAGGAAGGCAGCGAGGACGGCGAAGGCGGCCGCCGGCCCCUCUACGUCCAGCCCAGCAUCGUCCCGCAGAAGCAGUGGGUGUACGUCAAGCAGGAGUGGCUGCAGGAGGACCUGGUGCUCACCUGCGAGGAGGACGAGGACCCCGUGGAAGGCCCGGCCCGUGGCGGGGCCGAGGCUCCGUCCCGCGGCGCCGCCGCCCCCCGCCCCAAGCUGGAGGAGCAGGUGAACUUCUGCGAGUCCUCCGAGGAUUUCCCUUCUCCCUACGAGGCCUUGGAAGAUUCCAACCCUCCCGCCUCCUUCCCGCCUCGCUCCCUUCUCCCCAUGGACAUGCAGGGCAACCAGAUCUUGGUUUUCCCCCCCCAAGCCCCGGUGGAACACGGAGCCGUCCAGCUCGCGGCGGCGGCCGCCGACGGCAACAAGAUCUUCAUGUGCCACUGCGGCAAAGCCUUUUCCCACAAGAGCAUGAGGGACAGGCACGUCAACAUGCACCUCAACCUGCGCCCCUUCGACUGCCCCGUCUGCAACAAGAAGUUCAAGAUGAAGCAUCACCUCACGGAGCACAUGAAGACCCACACGGGCCUCAAACCCUACCAGUGCGACGUCUGCGCCAAGAAGUUCAUGUGGCGCGACAGCUUCAUGCGCCACAAGGGCCACUGCGAGAGGAGGCACCGCCUGGCCGGGGUCCUGCCCGGCCCACCCGGCCUCCCCGCGCUGGCCAAGAAGGAGCAAGGCUUGGGAGGAGCUGGAGGAGGUGCUGGGGAUGCUGCUGCUGCUGCUGGUGGAGGAGACUGGGGGACGUUGAGGGAAGGUCCCGCUGGAGGGUCGCCCAGGGGGGAGAUGGGGUUUGCUGGGGGGAAGAUGUGA